ACCCUCUCUGGUACAUGAAGCACUUUCUCUCUCUCUCUCUCUCUCUCUCUCUCUCUCUCUCUCUCUUUUCUCGCUGUGUUCGUCUGUGGUGGAGCUUUUCUCCUCUCCGAUUUCCACCCAAGAUUCGAGCUCGCGAGAUUGUUGAUUCUCUCUGGGCAUCUUGACAUUCGCUUCGCUGCUGCGAGUUUCGCGGGGCAAACCGAAAUCGCCAUAAAGAAGGACUUUGAUCUUCGGGGAAUCAGAAGAUAGCGGCGGCUCUGAUACGGUUUCUCCGCUGUUCGCGGCGGGUUUCGGGAAUGCCGGCCAAUUGAAUCUGCUGGGUGUUCUGGGCGCUGCUUAAUCUGCCUGGGUUUCUUGUGAAUUUUUGCGAAGUCUUGUGCUGCUGGUUCGGCAAUGGCGUGACGCGAUGGAGUGUUCUAGGGUUUUCUGCUUUUUCUCGUGCAUUUCCGGUGGCAUUGGUAGUGGCAGAGCAUGCGUGGAGUGUUUAAGUGGAUUUUGACUGUUCGGAGAACCUCCACUGCAAGUCGUCUUUGGCCCUUGAUUGGAUGGGAUAGCUGAAAGAUCAUGGGCGGGCAUUUAGGGUUUCCAAAUGCAAUCCAGCUUUUGGAACGAAGUUCAGGACACAAUCUAGCGGCAUUGUGCUGAAUUUUGAAACUUGAAAGCAUCGAUGGGGCUUCUUCGAAGUCUCGCGAUGCUUCUUCUGUCCAUUUGGUUAUUAUUCUGGUCUCCGAAGGUGAGAGCUCAAUCUUCUGGAUUUUCUGUUGGCCCUGCACGUUCCCUAGACGCACUUCUUCAAGAUUAUGCAUACAGGGCCUUUGUUCGCCCAAGAACAGGCAUUCCUUACGAUGGUGUUGUUCCUUCAAAUUUAACUGGGAUUAAGAUUGCAGCAAUGAGGCUCAGAAGUGGUAGCUUAAGAAGUAAAGGUGUUGAAAUGUACAAAGAAUUUGUCAUUCCUAUUGGUGUUUUAGAGCACCCAUAUGUGCGAAGACUUGUUCUGGUGUACCAGAACUUGGGAAAUUGGUCUUCAAGGUAUUACCAUCUAGAUGGUUAUAUGCAUUUAGCUCCUGUCGUGGGUCUUCUUGCUUAUGAUGCAUCAAACUUAUCAGCUACAAAUUUGCCUGAAUUGAACAUUACAGCAUCCGGGGAACCCAUAACAAUCAAGUUUCAGAAUUUGAAAUCAGUGUCGGAUGGGUCAGUUGCCAAGUGUGUUCACUUUGAUUUGCAUGGUUUGGUCAAUUUCAGCAAUGUAGCAUCAGGUAAUGUGUGCUCAACGACCCAACAGGGGCAUUUCUCCAUAGUGGUAGAGUCAACUGCGCCUUCUCCGGCACCAUUGCCUCCUACCCCAAGUGGUGGAGCCCCAACAGUUGAACCAAGUGGUGGGAAGAGCAAUUCCAAGGUCUGGAUAAUUGUUGGCUCUGUGGUGGGUGGGGUUUUGUUGUUGUUUUUGUUAGCGUUCCUGGUAUUGUGGGUGGGGAAGUAUAAGCGCAGGAAGAAAAUGCAACAGAUGGAGAAAGCUGCAGAUGUGGGGGAAGCCUUCCAGAUGACCUCAGUGGGGAACACCAAAGCUCCGAUAGCAAUGGUGACUCGGACGCAACCUAUCCUAGAGAGUGAAUAUGUGCCCUAACUCUUUACCCACCUGUACAACCUACCUUUCACCUCUCCUUCCUAAAGAUCUGUCUGCCAUUCAUAUUCAAGUUCAAUUCAUGCAUUCAUAUAUUUUUCUCAUUGCACCUCUUCUUUUUUUGGUGGUGUUGGUUCGUUCUUUUGCUUUUGUUCUCUCAUGGUCCCUUUUGGUUGCAGAGUUGGUGAAUAGGAUUGUUGUGUAUAUAAUGAUCUGUUACCACUCACAGAAGCAUCCACAUAUCUCUGAUUCAUUUGUAGUGUGUUUGUGUAGCUCAAAGUGAUUCUAUAUGUGAAGAGUUUAGCCGCCCCAUUGACAGCAAUAAAAUUCACUCCCCUUUUUGGAUUGCUUCAAAA